AAAGCCAGUCAAUAUUGGGCCUCCCUACCACGGCCCACAAUAAAAGAGUUCUUCUUCUUCUCGUCUGUUUACCAAGUUGCAAGUCCUUAGGUAUCUCGAACCUUCCACAACUCGACAUCCUAAUUUUGCUGAUUCAAUUUCCUUGUUCCCUAAGAAAUCAACCAUGGCUGGAGGAACAAACUUUCUUCAUAGGGUUAUUUCUUAUGUAGCCAACGAAUUAAUCGUCAACGGACUCGCCAACAGCCCUGGUUUUCAAAGAUUUGCAGUAAGGACCUCAAGGAGAAUGGAAGAUCUAUCUAAAAUGGCUGACCAGAAGAAGCGAGAAAUUGCUGACCAGAUCAAGGAUGCGUCCAAAAACUUUGAGUCUUUCAAGAACCAGUGAUUUGGAAGCAAAGAUGUAAGGAUGUACAGAGUUUGCUUUUUCCUCCCAAACAAUAUUUUGAAGAAAAUUGAGUCCUUGUUGCUGUGUGAUUAUGAUGCCUCGAGGGUAAUUGCAGCUCUGUAAUGCGGCUGUUGUUGCAUAUGGUGGUUUAGAGGUGAUCUCAGCAGUAUGUCAUAAUUAUGUUGCAUUGUAUGUGUUACUUGUUUUCCCAUGUUUGUCACUUUUGUGAUGUGUUUUUGGAAGUCGCUUGGAUCUCCCCUAGGGGAUACCAUUGUCAAUUUCGAAUCAUGUCUUUAUAAAGCAUGUGAAAUAAAUGUACUUUUUCCAUUUAAUAUAGUCAAGCAUACAGGAUGGGAUGUAUUA